UCACGAGACCGGAAGUAGACUUGAGCUUCCUGCGUUAGCUCUCUGGCCAGCAGCGUGUGGCGCGGGUCUGCUGAGGAAAACCUUUCAGGUUCGUGUUUUUGGAGGCAACUUUCUGGCUCUGAAUCUUUACUUUUGGAGCGUUAAAUCGGAACCUAACCGACCGGAAAACCGAAGCUUUCCUGACCCGGUUCUGGUGACACAACUUCUCCCUUCCAGCACCGAGCAGUGACUGCUACCCAGCCGCAUCGAAUCAACCGAACCGAACGGAACCAUCAACUGAACAAAGAGCUCCUUUGUUCGGCUGACCAUCGAGAGUUUUGCGCGCAAUUUGCAGUUUGGAUCCAAGAUGGAAGAUCUGGUGGAACCGACUCUGCUGCAGGUGAAGGAGGAAGAGGAAGAAAUGGUGCAGAUAAAGGAGGAAGAGGAAGAAAUGGUGCAGAUAAAGGAGGAAGAGGAAGAAAUGGUGCAGAUAAAGGAGGAAGAGGAAGAAAUGGUGCAGAUAAAGGAGGAAGAGGAAGAAAUGGUGCAGAUAAAGGAGGAAGAGGAGGAACUCGACAUUAAGCAGGAAGGAAGUGACGAUGAAGGCUCAGGAUCCAGCAGAGGACAAAACCAGGAUUUGAACUCCAGUUUGGGUCAGAAGACACCAGAUACUGCAGAGACCAACAAUGAAGAGGAUGAAUCUGAACCUCAGCAGUUAAAACAGGCGGACAGUGGGGUCUGCCUCAUGUACGGUUUGACUCCAGCUUACUUAGUUCUUCAAAUGAGUUCUCACCAAGGUCAGAAGGAUUUAGCAUGUCAGAUCUGUGGAAAGACUUUUCUCUACAAAUGUAAACUGAAUUACCACAUGAGAACUCACACGGGCGAAAAGCUGGUCUCUUGUCAGACUUGUGGAAAAACGUUUCUCUGGCAAAGUAAACUGAAAGAACACAUGAGAAGUCACACGGGGGAGAAGCCUUUCUCAUGUCAGACCUGUGGGAAAGCUUUUACCGAGAAAAGCAAAUUGAGGCAGCACAUGAGAACUCACACUGGUGAGGUUUUCUCAUGUGAGACCUGUGGAAAAACCUUCAUGUGGCAUAGUCAGCUGCUAGGCCACGUCAGAACCCACACAGGAGAAAAGCCUUUCUCAUGCGAGUUCUGUGGAAGAGCUUUCACUGUGGAAAGUAAAUGGAAAUACCACAUGAAAGCUCACACAGGUGAGCCUUUCUCUUGUGUGACUUGUGGAAAAACUUUCACCUUGCAAUGUGCUUUGAGGGACCACAUGAAAACUCACACAGGUGAAAAGCCUUUUUCAUGUGAGACGUGUGGGAAAGCUUAUAUCAGGCAGAGCACUUUGAGGGACCACAUGAGAACUCACACUGGGGAGAAGCCUUUCUUGUGUCAGACUUGUGGAAAAGCUUUUAAUCGGCAAAGUAGCUUGAGUCUCCAUAUAAACUUGCACACAGGUGAGAAGCCUUUCUCAUGUCAGACCUGUGAAAGAAAAUUCAGUUUGAAAAGCCAAUUGAUUCUUCACAUGAGAAUUCACUCUGGUGAGAAACCUUAUUCAUGCCAAAUAUGUGAAAAAAAAUUUAGCGUUAAAGCUCGGCUGACAGUUCACAUGAGAAUUCAUACGGGUGAGAAACCUUUCUCAUGCCAGAUGUGUGGAAAAACUUUUACCCACCAGAAUUCUUUGAAUUUUCACAUGACUUCUCACACAGGUGAAAAGCCUUACUCAUGUCAGACGUGUGGGAAGGUUUUCAACAUGCAAAAUGGUUUGACUCGUCACAUGAAAAUUCACACGGGCGAAAAGCAUAUUUCAUGUCAAACCUGUGGAAAAGCCUUCAACCAACAAAGUCAUCUGACGUAUCAUAUGAGGUCUCACACCGGUGAGAAACCAUUCUCAUGUCAAACCUGUCCAAAAAAGUUCAGCAGAAAAGAUCUGUUGAAUGUUCACAUGAGAACUCACACAGGCAAGAAACGUUAAACGUCCGUCUUGUUUCUUUCUCAGACAUCGGCACAUUUGAGAAUAAGCAAACAUGCAGCAGAUAGAUGGUGACUGGGAUGAACUUUUCCUUUACAAUAUGAUUGGAGUUACUGUGGUAAUAGGUGUUGCUAAUAUCAUUUAGUGAGGAAAAGAAGGAGCCCAUUAUAAGCGCUCUUGUUUGGUACGUUGAACCAUUCCUCCUGCUAGGGUUGUCAAAAAUAAUCGGUUGUUUGAUAUAUUUGUAUCAGUUGUUUGCCUGAGAAUUGACACAAUGGCAGCUGUUUACAUCCGUCCCUCCCCAAUAAGCUGCUGGAAGUUUUAAGUUUUCCUAACAGGGAAACAACAUCCAGAAGAAAAGUCAUUAUGUGCAUUUAAUUAAUGGUCCCUGAUUGAUAUGGUGAGUCAGUCACAUUUGCCGUCAAUCAUUCCUACAAAUAUCGCAAAAUUCCUUGCAAAUAUUUCUAAAUUACUGCCAUAAAAAUCAUAAAAUCCUGAAGAGUCUGUACUUAAUCACUGAAGAAAAUAUUCAGACAGAAAUGAAACAGAGCUGCUGCUGGUUGGAUCUACAUGGACCAGGGCCUUGUUUACACUAAAAACAUGUUUUGAAUGCGUAUGAUUCAUGUUUGUUUUGAAAAUUAAUUUAUUUGAGUCUAGAAUGAUCCUGUAUUCAUCCCUCAGUGGUAAAAAUUUAUUUAUAUCAACAAUAAAUUGACAGAGAAAUGUAAAAAGAAAAAGUAAAUAUAGGCUAUUAUAAAAUAAAAUAAUUGCAUAACUGAAUCAAAGGUAAACACUUUCAUAAAGAUUAUUAACGUUCAUGCUUUGUUUUCUUUACCAGAGGGGAGAUUUUUAAAUCAGAUAUUUUUAGAAAUAGGGCUCAGUUCUCCCAGACUUCUAAGUUUUACCCUAAUUAUGAAAAGUGAAAAUGUUAUAAUUAUUUGUAUGUUUUGUUCUGCUAAAAUUAUUACUAUUAAAAAUGGUAGAUUAUUUUUCUUGGUAUCUGUAUUAAAUUUAAUAUUUUAUUAUGGUGACAACCAAACCUUUCCUCUUUGUGUUGGUGUGGGAGAAACGAUGAAAUUGUUUAAGUAUUUAACAUGAAUUAAAAUGAAUAGUAAUAAUAAUAAUAUUUUUAGGCUUUAAAUGCCAUCUCCUUUCCUUCCAGUGUUUGGUUUUUGUCCUUAAACUUGACGUCACCUAAAGUCUGGAAUUAUGUGAGGAAGUCGUGAUUUGUUCGACUCUACUGUCAUUUAUCAACAUGACCAGAGUUUAAGGACUUCCUGUGUAAACAGGAAACAGAAACGCUGAUUUCGGUCCGAUUAGAGAGGAGCUACUGGCAUCACAACACCGUCUCUUACUGCUGUCUCAUGUUUAAUGGCUGUUUUACCAGGUUUUUUCUCAUUAGGAUUUCUGGGUUUUCAAGGUUUUUGUUGUUUUUUCUUUGUGUUUCUGAUUUCCUUGUGUAAAAAUGCAGCUGUAGGAAUAAAUUUGACCGUUGGAGGAUA